AUCGAUCUACAGUAUUCCAGUAUUCCACUGAUCGUCGUUCUCUUCGAUAACUGGAAGGCGAAGCUGCGCAAGACGUCUCUUGCUUUUUGCCCGUGAUAAUACAGCCGAUUCCGUGCCCAUCUGUUGGCGUUCGCCAUCGAUUCGACGCUCCGUGUUUAGAUUGUUGUUGUUAUUGCUAACACAAUAAGUCGGUGUAAAUAUGCCAGCGACAAACCGAAAAAAGUCUGGAGGCAACAAAUUUGAGUUCAGUGAAAAACAGAUGGCUGAUAUAAAAGAAGCGUUUGAAUUGUUUAACGUAAAUGAAUCUGGGACAAUCGAAACCAAAGAGCUAAAGGUAGCCAUGAGGGCCUUGGGAUUUGAACCAAAAAAAGAAGAAAUCAAACGUAUGUUGCUUAACAUAAAUAAACAGCAUACUGGCGUCAUAACAUAUGAUGAUUUUGUCACUUUGAUGUCCAUAAAAAUGGCAGAUAAAGAUUCAAGAGAAGAAAUUAUAAAAGCAUUUAAACUGUUUGAUGAUAAUUGUACAGGAAAAAUAACAUUCUCCAAUUUAAAACGUAUUGCCCAAGAAUUAGGCGAGAAUAUUGCCGAUGAAGAACUUCAGGAAAUGAUAGACGAAGCAGAUAAAGAUGGUGAUGGUGAAGUCAGUCAAGAAGAAUUUCUUCAAAUUAUGAAGAAAACCAAUUUAUAUUAAAUAUAUAUUACAUCCUUGUUCUAUCAAAAACAUAUUAUUUAUUUGUGUAUACACUAUUUUGUAUUAAUUCUUCACAGUUACCAUUUAUAAUUAACUUCCUAACACUUAAUAUUUUGUGGGCCAGUCAUAUUUUCUUUAUACAAUAAAAACAGAAUGUUUCCUCAAAAGAAUAAAGUUUUCUAAUAACCUAUGUACAAAUGGAAACAUUAAAUUCAAUUUUCUUCUGAAAAAUCAGUGUGCUGUAAUAUUUUAAAUUAAUGUUAUAAUAUAAUAUAUUAUGUUGAUACAUACCAAAUAUUAAAUUAUAGCAUUUUUUUUAAAGUGUUUCAUAGUCAAACAUGAGUACAAUAUUAUUGUAUCACCCUGCCAAAAAUUUUAAUUUAAUGAAAUAUAAUAACCAAUACUUGUUUUAUGGAGAAAAACUGUGUUUAAUGUUUUCAUAUUUCUAAGAGUUGGUAAUAAUUUUAUUUUUUAGUGGAAAACGGAACCUUUUUUUUUAUUUGAAGAAAAUGUAUUAUGUCCAUUUUUGUUGUAUUCACCACAUGAGACUUGAUUAUAUUAUACAUUAUCUAAUAGUUUAAGAAUAAAGUGAGAAAAAAAACAUUAAUUAUAAUAA